UUCCCAACCGCCGUAACGCCCAUGAGCCUCUCCGCCGCCAACCAACUCCAAUACCACCACUCCGCCGCAAGAAUGUCAUUCAGCACCAUCUCAAAGCUCAACAAUGGUACUACUUGGGCCGCCAGAUCCAUCCAUCAGGAUUCUUGCACUCACAGAGGAAGUGCGCCGCCAAGAAUCCGACUUGCCGUGGCGGCCAAGUCGAGUGGCGGCGGAGUGACGGCAGAUAUCGAGGAGGGGCAGCUGGACAGACCCAAAUGGACCGGAGAGACGCCGCUUUCUCGGCUGGUCAGAGCUCUGAUUUCCUUCAAACCCCUCCAUUCUGUUAUGAAACUUGGCGCUAGACAAGUUUUGAUAAGUACAGCUGAGAAAGCAAGCAUUCCAUGGAGGGAUAUGACUAAGGAGAUUUUGGAAUCUGAUGUUUACAAGGAAAAAGAUUCCAUUGAAGAUACCUCUAUUGUUUAUCCAGAUUAUUAUCUCAAUCCUUUCCAUGCGUAUGAUGAGGGGAACCUUUCUUGGCUGGCUGCAGCAGAAGCAGAGGCUGCCACCAUGUCAAUGGCGAGAAGGAGUGUACCUUCUGCCCCAUCUCUCCAAGAAGCAAACCAAAUUGUUCGUGGAAAUUGGCUCCAAGCUAUAGAAGACCACCAUUUGAAGCACUCUGGAGGCUUGCAAAUUGGUCAAGUUCUUGAUAUUGGAUGCUCAGUUGGCGUCAGCACGCGUUUUCUUGCUGAAAAGUUCCCCUCCGCCAAAAUCACUGGACUCGAUUUAUCUCCUUACUUCCUUGCUGUUGCUCAACGCAACGACAAGAGGAGAAAUGGGGGGGAGAAUAAAGUGAGAUGGUUCCAUGGAAAUGGUGAAAACACGGGGUUGCCCUCAAACUCCUUCGACCUUGUUUCAAUUGCUUAUGUGUUUCAUGAAUGCCCUCAAAGAGCAGUCAAGAAUAUGGUGGAGGAAGCUCUCCGGCUGCUUAGACCGGGUGGCACGUUUGCUGUAACAGAUAACUCGCCAAAAUCCAAGAUUCUUCAGGAAAUAUCACCGGUGCUGUUCACAUUGAUGAAGAGCACGGAGCCUUUUCUGGAUGAGUACUAUCUGACGGAUCUUGAAGGAGUGAUGAAGCAAGCUGGCUUCGCCAACGUGCAGACGGCCAUGACAGAUCCUAGGCACAGAACUGUCACUGCUACGGCGCCAUUUUGAUGCUUCUCUUUUGUUUAUGAGUAUCAUUCAUGUAUUUGUUUCCAACUUUGGAAUCUUGAACUUCCUUCCUAAAGUAAUCCACUUUCUUAGCCUUA